AAGACUCACUCUCCGUCUAGCUGCGGGAUUCAGUCUGCUGCAUUAGCAAUCGUCAAUGGGGUCUUUUGGAUUUUCGCUUUCGAUGAUAGCUUCUUCGCUGAGUCCAAAUUUGACAGAGUCGAGACUCAUCUCUUCGAUGGGUACUGUCUCGACGAUUGUUGAUCCGAGUUUGUCAAUCUCUUUGGUUCCAAAAAGGAGGCCUAGAAAUUUAGGACUCAGAUCUUCGACGUCACCAAGUAUAGAGACAACGCUAGAUAUCGAUGUUGGCGUUGUGUCUUCUGCAACUUCUAAAAAGGUGCUUAUUCCAAUUGGAUAUGGUACAGAGGAAAUAGAAGCUGUUGUGUUAGUUGAUGUUCUACGGCGAGCUGGUGCAGAGGUCAUUGUUGCCUCCGUGGAGCAGAAACUAGAGGUUGAAGCAUCCUCAGGGACCAGAUUGCUUGCUGAUGUUCUAAUCACGAAAUGUGCUGAUCAAGUUUUUGAUCUAGUGGCUUUGCCGGGAGGCAUGCCUGGAGCUGUUAGGUUAAGAGACUGUGGAAUUCUGGAGAAGAUCAUGAAGAGACAAGCUGAAGAUAAGCGGUUAUACGGAGCUAUAUCCAUGGCUCCAGCUAUUACUCUUCUUCCAUGGGGACUUUUGUCAAGAAAGAAGACAACAGGACAUCCAGCUUUUUUCGGGAAGCUUCCUACAUUUUGGGCUGUUAAGACAAACAUUCAGAUUUCAGGGGAGCUUACUACUAGCCGUGGACCAGGCACUUCUUUUCAGUUUGCUCUUUCCUUGGCGAAACAGCUUUUUGGAGAAACCACAGCCAAGUCGGUUGAAGAGUUUCUGCUUGUACGCGAUGGUUACCAGAAUCCUAAGAAGGAAGAGUUUAAUAGCAUGGACUGGUCUCUAAACCACACACCUCGUGUUCUUAUCCCGGUAGCCAACGGGUCUGAAGAGGUUGAAGUGGUCACGAUUGCAGAUGUUCUUAGAAGAGCCAAAGUAGAUGUCACGGUUGCAUCAGUUGAAAGAUCUUUGCGGAUUACUGCAUCUCAAGGCACCAAAAUUAUCACCGACAAAUUGAUUGGUGAAGCUGCUGAGUCAUCGUAUGAUCUAAUCAUUCUUCCGGGAGGGCAUGCUUGCUCCGAACGUCUGAAGAAGUCCAAAAUUCUCAAGAAACUGCUCAAGGAACAACAAGAAACUGGGCGAAUAUAUGGAGCUGCUAACUCUUCAUCUACCGUCCUGCUUAAACACGGUUUACUCAAGGAGAAGAAAACAGUUGUGUAUCCUUCAGACACAGACGAGCCUACAAAUGACCAAAUGAUCGCAGGAGUAGAAGUUGUUAUAGAUGGAAACGUGAUUACAGGUUUGGGGCUCGCAACUGUUGCCAAUUUUUCCCUAGCCAUUGUUAGCAAGCUGUUUGGAUAUGGUAGAGCAAGAAGCGUUUCAGAGGGGCUUGUGCAUGAGUAUCGAGGGAAUUGAAAGCCGUUUUGAAGGCAUCUUGAUCAAGAUACACAGUUAAAGAUGUUCCAUUGCUGAUCUUAAACCGAAAUCUUGUGAUCUGCAUUUUGGUAUCAAACCGUAUCAACUCCAGAGACUUUUCAACGGUAUCAUCUGUUCAACAGUGAGACAACUAUAUCCUGGAUCUGGGUUGUUUCUACAAGAAAUUUUGCCAUUUAAGUUAGUUUUGUAUCUCAUUUUGUAUACCGAGUAGGAGAUUACAGAUGAUAAUUAAACUAGAUGUUUCCAUCAAUCCGUUCACUAUUUCUUAUACGUUGUUGAUUCGGUCCCAAUUUUGUUAGUUAUUGGUCGUUGGAAUAAGAGGUCCCCGAAAAAAAAAUACAGACUA